AUUCCUCCGUCAUCCGCCGUGUAGCGGGUGACGUGUCUGUGUAAGCGAAGCGGCUUCGUCCAGCUCGCUCUCCCUGCAAAUGAGCGACUUCUGACAGCAAAAGGCCCGUUUUUCUCCGCGCAUAAGGCUGGAUAUCUUUUGAAUGAAGCGUUAGGUCGUCGACUGAGCCACGAUGUUCGUCUUUCUGCGCGCCCCCUCCGUCUUUUUCGUCCUUUUCCUAGGUGCGUCGUCGUCGCUGCUGCGGCAGGCGGCUGGUUUUUAUCUUCCGGGUUUGGCGCCUGUCAGUUUCUGUGAAAAACCUUCGGAAGGAGACGAAAGCGGGAGAGAAUGCCAGGACAAAAUUGAGCUGUUUGUGAACAGGUUGGAUUCGGUGGAGUCAGUCCUGCCCUACGAAUACACAGCGUUCGAUUUCUGCACUGUUGAUGCUGAGAAGCGGCCAUCAGAAAACUUGGGCCAGGUGCUGUUCGGAGAGAGAAUUGAGCCUUCUCCGUAUAAGUUUUCCUUUAAGCAGAAGGAGGAAUGUAAGCAUGUGUGCACCAAGUCUUACAACACUGAAAAGACAGAAGAUAAAGCCAACCUGGACUUCCUCAAGAAGGGCAUGCUUCUUAACUACCAGCACCACUGGAUUGUGGAUAACAUGCCUGUGACCUGGUGUUAUGAUGUGGAGGAUAAUCAGAAGUUCUGUAACCCAGGAUUUCCCAUCGGAUGCUACGUCACAGAAGCGGGCCGACCCAAAGACGCCUGCGUUGUCAAUUCUGACUUCAAUGACAAGGACACCUUCUACAUCUUCAACCAUGUGGACAUCACCAUCUACUACCACAUAGUGGAGACUGAGACCGCUGUUGCCCGGCUGGUUGCUGCCAAAAUGGAACCUAAGAGCUACAAGCAGGCUAAGCCAGACGCUCCAGACUGCACAGGGCCUCCCAUGAGCCUCAGCAACAAAUUCAAAGGAGAAAUCAGCAUCCCUUACACCUACUCUGUACAGUUUUUGGAGGAGCGAAACAUUCGAUGGGCCUCUCGUUGGGAUUAUAUCCUGGAGUCCAUGCCUCACACCAACAUCCAGUGGUUUAGUAUAAUGAACUCCCUGGUGAUUGUGCUGUUCCUGUCUGGUAUGGUGGCUAUGAUCAUGUUGCGGACGCUGCACAAAGAUAUUGCACGGUACAACCAGAUGGAUUCAGUGGAGGAUGCUCAGGAGGAGUUUGGCUGGAAGUUGGUUCAUGGCGACGUCUUCCGGCCACCCCGCAAAGGCAUGCUGCUGUCCGUGUUCCUCGGCUCUGGCGCGCAGAUCUUCAUCAUGACCUUCGUCACCCUCUUUUUUGCGUGUCUGGGUUUUCUCUCUCCGGCGAAUCGCGGUGCUCUGAUGACUUGUGCGGUGGUGCUAUGGGUGCUGCUUGGAACUCCAGCUGGUUACGUUGCUGCCCGCUUCUACAAGUCAUUUGGAGGGGAGAAGUGGAAGACCAAUGUGCUGCUGACAGCAUUCCUGUGCCCUGGGGUUGUCUUUGCUGACUUCUUUCUGAUGAAUCUGAUCCUGUGGGGUGAGGGCUCUUCAGCUGCCAUGCCAUUCGGCACACUGGUGGCUAUCCUGGCCCUCUGGUUCUGCAUCUCCGUCCCACUCACCUUCAUCGGAGCUUAUUUCGGCUUUAAGAAGGCCAGCAUUGAGCACCCGGUGCGCACCAAUCAGAUUCCUCGUCAGAUUCCCGAACAGUCCUUCUACACUAAACCUCUCCCUGGCAUCGUGAUGGGUGGGAUCCUGCCUUUUGGAUGCAUCUUCAUUCAGCUCUUCUUCAUCCUCAACAGCAUCUGGUCACAUCAGAUGUAUUACAUGUUUGGAUUCCUCUUCCUCGUCUUCAUCAUCCUGGUUAUCACCUGCUCUGAAGCCACCAUCCUGCUCUGCUACUUCCACCUGUGUGCUGAGGAUUAUCACUGGCAGUGGCGCUCAUUCCUCACCAGUGGCUUCACAGCGGCUUAUUUCUUGGUGUAUGCUGUACACUACUUCUUCUCCAAACUACAGAUUACUGGACUGGCCAGCACCAUCCUGUACUUUGGCUACACCAUGAUCAUGGCCCUCAUCUUCUUCCUCUUUACAGGAACGAUUGGAUUCUUUGCCUGUUUCUGGUUUGUCACAAAAAUCUACAGCGUGGUGAAGGUGGACUAACUAAGCUCAACCAAUUGCAGCCUAGACUGUACUUGCCUCUUCCUAAUGGGAUGCCCCUGGGUGAGCAGCAAGAGCGCUGUUGAAAAAUACGUCCUAUUGCCCCGGCUAACUAACGGCUGAAAACUAGGUUCUGCAAAUCUUCAGCUUCCAUUGGAGUGCACGCGUGUGUAAAAAUGUGUGUUUCCGUUUGUGAUUUCACACACAUGCUUAUAAAAACAGCACUCAUAACAGCAACAUGUUACAACAAAGAGCACACGCAGCCACCAUUCACAUUUUCCUCAACCAUUUGCGAGAUUAAAAUUUCAAAUUGAAAUUUGUAAAUAUUAAUUUUUUUUUUUUUUUGGCUAAGCGCAUCAACUACAGAUAUAGGUAGCUGACAUGUUGAACUGUUGCGGUGAUAGAAGUAUGAUUUUGUAAAUAUCUUAUUUUUUCCAUUUUUUCUGAAAUGCUGAAAAAUGUCCAAAAAAGCAGCAUUGAAAAGAAAAAAAAAA